UAUUGGUAUUGAGUAAAUGGUAACCUAUCAAAUGAAAUAACAAACCUUAUUUUUCCUCUCUAUCUCAAAUAACCGAUCAGUUAUGUCUAUGAUAGUGGAAAUAAGUAUUAAUGUUGUGAAAUAUGAAUUUAUUAGAUUUUUCUGAUGAGUUGUUGUUGAUGGUGUGCGCGUAUAUAUUAAAGUACGAAGACAAAAUAGCAGUUUCUGGAACAUGUCAGAGGUUAAAAAACUUGAUGAGUGAUAGAACAGUUUUCCGGUAUGGCUCGUUUAGCUUUAUAUAUAUUAAAUUUGCUUGAAAAUAUGCCUUGAAUGUAACGAAUAUUUAGCUACAUACGAAAAUAAAUUCUCUGGAAGUGUCAUUUUGAAUUCCACUGUAAAUGCGUGAUAAUGUUAUGAUCUGCGCAUCUUCAACAAAUCGGGUACUUUGGAUAUCAAGAAGUUCUCAGUUCAGGUGUCAUUCAGGAACAUGAAAACAAAAUAUUCCUUUUUCUUUAAUCGAAAUAUCACAUAACUGUUCUGUUAAAUCUCAUAAUAGUGUGACAACAUAAAAUAUUAUAGUUUAAAUGCAAUAUUGGCCCUGGUUGCUAAAGCCUGUGCAUAGGAUUUUUAAAUGAAUUAAUGAAAAAAAAGGGACAAAAUGUUAUAAUUUAAACAUUGAAUUCUACUAUCUCAACCACAUUAUUUAAAAAAUUGAUAUUUUUAGGUUAAAGGAAAACCAGUUUUUCAAAAGCAUAUUAUGUGCCUUUCAUUGACGUGAAAAAUUUCAUCUUACCUGGCCGAGAUUAUGUGGUUGAGCUAAAUUUGACAAGUUGCUGCUAUUUGGAUCCUAAUGAUAUCCUGCGUUUAGCUCUGAAACUCACUAACCUGAAGAUUUUUUAUGUGGCGGAUACAAAGUUUAGUAUCCAUCACAUACUGGCAUUAUUAGAUGAAAACAAAGAGAUUACUAAACUAUCACUGACAUGGAACCAAAGGGUGUAUCUUCCAACUGAAUCAGAUUAUUUGCGUUGCUCAGGCCUUGGAAAAGUUGAAAGCCUCUUCAUCUACAUUACACCAGGAAGAGUUCAUGCAAAUGUGUGGCCCCUCAUCAUCGCAUGUGCUGGUCUUCAGCAGUUGAGGAUUACUGGUUUAACUUGUGGAUACCCAAAGGAUCACUUUUCAUCACUUCCCAAGCAUUUACGGUCUUUGCAAUUGAGUUUUAAGGUCUGCAGUAGUUGUUCCCAUAGCAGUACCAGAGAGUUCAAUGCCUUGGCUAAAUGUUCAACAGACUGGGACUAUUUUAUUGUGGACUACAAAGGAAGAAAUAUGUAUACUGCAAGAACAAAUCCAGAUUACCUUCGAGGUUGGAUGGAGAAUAUGGAUAACAUGCAACAUGCUAAAGCAAUGUGUUUGCUUGAUGAAAUGACUUUCACAAACAAGAACAUGUUCACAAGUAAAAACCUAUGCCUGGCCUCUGCUGACGUUUUUACGGACUCUAAUGAUGUCUAUUUCCAAAGAGAAUGUUUCCCCAUGUUACGACAACUAAAAAUAUUUUCAAAAGAACAGCUUGAAAUUUGCCAACAUCUUUCUUUGCCACAUUUGAAAGAAGUGUUCAUUCAAGGAAAGGAUUUCUUGUUGAACACCGUAGACUGGUCAUUUUUGAAGUCGUGUACUGAACUCACUAAACUAUGCCUGCCUCUAUGCAUUUUGAAAUCAGAAAGAGACACCCAAGCAGUAUCUUCUGUCGAAGAAACAGCUCUCUUUAAACCUAAACGAUGUCGUGUUGCACAUGUAGCACAGUCACGUGGUACGUCUGUGUUCAGGGAAUUGGUGAAUUCUAGCCAUGAUCUUAGAGAACUGGAUAUUCGUUCUCACACUAUUGUGGGUAAUUUUCUUCCACAAAUCACAGCAUCAAUGCCGAGCCAAGUGGAGGCGGAGGCAGAGUUGUGGAACGUUGCACUCUUGCAUAAUCUUGAACGACUGGUUCUCAGUGAUGUGCCAAUUCGAACUGGAGCCUUUUUUCCUGAGGUGGCACAGUCAUGUUCCAGACUGAGUUCUCUUCACUUAUCAAACUUGGGCAUGUAUGGGUUGUGUACAUACUCAGCAAACUUGGUGAAAGCAUUGCCAAAGUUUAAGAACUUGAAAGAUUUCAGGAUUUACCAAAAUCAUCUGGGUGAUAUAGCACCUAUAUUCAUUGCACUAAAUGACUGCUCAAAUUUGGAAAGAUUUGCCAUCAUCUGUUUGUCAAAUUCAAAGCACAAAUUGAAGAAGGAGCUUGUAGAGAAGUUUGCCUUAAACGCUGUGCGGCUAACAUUUUUGUUUUUGUGUGUUGACUCUCUGUCAUUGGGAAUUGGCGAGGCAAAAACUCUGCAGAAUCAUUUAGACAGGAUGAAUGUGUGGAGGCCAUCAUUGAUCACCAAGAUACACAGCUACAACAAUACCAUGAAUGCUCCCAUUCGCUCCGAAGAGGAGUGGACCAGACAUGUAGUGCGAAAUUUGUAUUAUACUUUCGGCAUUAUACCAGGAUUCCACUUGGUGGAGAUGGUUUUCCAUCCUUGCAGAGUGAGUGUGGUACCGUGUUUCUGGGAGAGCUAUAAUUUAUUUGAUUAAGUUAUGUGUAAAAUUAUAGCUGGACUAUAAGUUUACCGUUCCUUUUUUUUAUAAAAAUGUUAUUGAAAAUGUCAGCAUUAGAGAUUUUCUAUUUUGUAUAUUAUGCUCAUCUUCAUAAAAGUUUUUUUUUUUUUACCAACAAAUUGUAUUAUUUACUGGUGUUUUGCCCUUUCUCUAUUAUGUCAAACAAAAAUACAAACCAAAAUUGACAACUAUCAGAGUAAAUGUAUUAAAAAAAUUAAACAUACAUAUGCAUAAGAGGUGGAAAAAUUUGUAUCCUGCUGUAGAUUUGAUUUUUUUGCUAAUUGACACUUAAAAAGCUAACUGUGACUAAUUUGGAACAUAAAUUUUGUUUUAGCUACUUUUAAAAAUAAGUGCUUUUUGUUUAAAAAUUGUGUGAUAAAAUGUACUAUUUCACACUUAGAAAGCUUCAAACCUAACUUUCAGAUUUACAGGGACCUGACAAACCUUAUAUUCGUACUUCAUAACUUGUCUGGGACACAUGUGCAUUUAUAAUUACAGUGGAGUAUCGAUUAUCUGAACCUUGGUUACCCAAACGUGUUUCGAAAGGCAAAAUUAAUUCAAAUUUGUGCGCCAUGCACUGUAGGAUUUCCACACUAAGCAGCAAGCAUUGUUAGUACAGGCGUGGUUUUCCCCUCCCUGCCAAGUGUGGUCUACGCGACCAAUGUUACAUCGUUAGUGGCUUAUGAACCUUCGAUAGUGAAACAUGUAGUGUAGUUUGUCAUGCCAUACACAUGGAAUCCAAAGGUAAACAUGUCGUUCUCAGCGUUUCUGAUAAACUUGGAAUAAUAUAUCAGUUGAUGAAUGGUGUUAUUGGAUCAAGUUUAGCUCGUUAGUAUAGAGUUAAAAAAGCAACAGUAUCAGAUAUUAAAAAAAACAGUGAUGCCAUUACAAAAUUUUUGAGUGUGCUUGAAAGUGAAAAUGGAAGCUUGUGCAGAAAAACAAUAAAAAUUGCAGAAAAUCAGGACUUCGACACUACAGUUUAUACAUGGUUUAUGCAGAUGCAUAGCCAAGGGCAAUGCAAAUGCAAAGCUCUUGAAAUGAACAAGAAUCUUCAAGGUAACGCUGAUUUUAAAGCCUUUACCGGCUGGCUUAUGCCUUUCAAAGUUUCAAAUCCAUGCAUGGAAUUAGGGAAUUGGACAUCCAAGGUGAAAAGCUGAUACUGAAUCAGCUGAACUUUUUAAAUAUUCUUUAAAAAAAUUAUUGAUAGGAGGGCUACAAAUAAGUUGAUGUGUACAGGGCAGACAAAACUGGUUUUUAUUGAAAGAAAAUGCCAACAAAGUCCCUAGUUUCUAAGAACGAAAUGUCAGCACCUGGCUUCAAGGAAAGCAAAUCACGUAUUACUGCACUGGUAUAGGCGACCAGAGUUUGAAUCCCAGUGGGCUCGAACCAGGAUUUUCGCAAGAGGGAAACGUGGCAGACAUUGCAGCGGCCUGUGUGUUUUCUCGUAUUGUCCCGUUUUCCCCACCACUUCAUCCCAUUGCUGCUCCAUACCCCAUCUCAUCUCAUACAUUCUCCAGUCUAGCCAGAAUGACAGGUCUGUCCCUCAGGUAGGGCAGCCGGCUCCUAUGAGAGUCAGCCCCAUUCCAUCCAUGUAGACCGUGCCCCAGGCACAUGUGCUCUGGUAUGUGGGGAUGUUACCAGUUUACACAGGCUUGCUUUGUUUCUGAUAGGAAAAUCAAAUAUUCAACGGUGCUUAAUGGGGAUGAAAAAUUUCCAGUCAUCUAUAAGAACCAAAACAAGUCAUGGAUGGAUACAAAUCUUUUUGUAGAAUGGUACAAACAACAUAUUUAUUCCUGAAGUUAAAAAUCAUCAGCAUGCAACUGGAAAUUCUGGAGAUGUUUUAUUUUUGAUUCAUAAUGCCCCAAGUGAUCCAUGAAACCUUUCACUGGAAAGAGAAAACAAAUUUAAAGUUGCUUUUUUGCCUGCCAACAUAAUUUCAGUCCUCCAACCAAUGGACCAAUUAGAGAAAGGCAUUGCUGCGCAUGGAACUAAUGGGGCAGGUCAAUGAAAAAACUAUUCUACAACUGUACAAAGAAAUCAAUUUGAAGGAUGAUGUGUACAGAAGUCAAGGACACAACCCUUGCUAAAGCUUGGCAUAAGCUUCUUCCAUCAUAUGACUACCACUGCUCCUGAAGAGCCACCAAACAGUGAAUUUGUAUCAGAACUGGCUGAGUUGAUUUAUAAUCUACAGGAUUUGAAGAUUGUGACCAGGAAAACAUUCAAGAAUGGCUCGAAUGUGAUCACCAAGUAUUGACAUACGAUGAAAUCCUUGCUAUUCUCUUGGAAGACCAAAGCCCUUCAGAAGACCAUGAUGACAAGGAGUAGUUUAGUAAUGAAGAACAAAUUAAAAAAACACCAUCCACUGAGGUAGCUUUUCGGUGCCUAGAGACAGCCUUAAAGAAGAGAGUGAUUCUAUUAAACUACUUUCAUUAAAUGUUUAAGAGAUUUAGUAGCAAGAAAAAGAGUAUCCUCUCUGAAGCAAAAUAUAAUUUUGAAAUUAUUUUCUUAAAAUGAAUGUAGACCUACAGUAUUUUUAAUUUUCUGCAGAUUUCUUUGAUCAUUUUAUUCCUUACAUAAUUGAUUCUUUUUUUUCUUUGUUCGUGUGUUUAUGUUUUUUUUUUGUGUACUGCAAUUUGUUUACAUAGUAGUUCUUGUGUGAGCAUCAUAAUACAAAAUACAUACAUAUUUGUGUUUAUUACCACUGUUUAUUUAUUUGUUUCAUUAUGCUCAUAUAAUCCUAGUAUGUUUUUUUUUUCCAAAAAUGAUGGGUUAUCCGAAAUAUCAUUUAUCAAAACACCCCCCAGUUGCUGUUAGUUUGGAUAAUCAAAGCUCAACUGAACUUUUCAAUGUAUGUUAGUCACUUAAGAUUUAUUAGCACAUCAGUUAAUACACAGAAGUAAGUCAUCCACCAUCCUUCAUGCAGAUUUUCCUUUUUUUUCAUGGUCAAAAGGUGUAUGAUGGGCUGUGGAUGGUAAUAAAACAGGCUGCAUUUAUGUAUUUACAUAUUGUUUUAGCGAGAGUGAGAAAUAAACCACAGCAGUACUGCAGAUACUUGGUAUUCCCCAAUAAGGUUACACUUGACACAUGUGGUGAUUUUAUGGUUAUCAAUCUCUACGGUACUUUUUGUGUCCAUACUAUAUAUGAAAUUUCCAUGUUUCUUUGAUGCGGACAACUUACGUGUAGCCGAGAUAACUUCAAAGUACAAGCCCAACCCAAUUAAUCCAGUUUAUUUGUGAAUUACUUUAAAUCAAACCUGCAACUUGACAUUUGCUACCAUAUUGCACUGCCAAUUUUUUGAGGUAAAAUAACAACUGGAAUUUUUUUUUACUAUACUGUAUGUUCUUUUUACUUUGUUGCUAAAAAUUUGUGAUUUUUUGCUUGAAACUUGGCACAUCAGGCUUACAUUUUAUUUUAUAAGCUGAUGCAAGUUUUGAAAUCUGAGAAAUUUUGGUCAAUUAGUACAUCAAAGAAAUAAAAACCAAAUAUGUUCCAACAUAAAUGUUAGCAUCUACUGCAUAUUGCUACAUAAUAUUCUUCUAUUAAAUUAAUAAAUAUAAGUAAUUUAUUGUUAUUUGGUUUUGUCUUUCAACACUCAAAAAGACACAAAUUUUCAAAGUAAUAUAUUGAAUGUACUGUCUUUUUGAAGAAAAAAAAAACUUAUUUGGAAGACUGGAUUUAUUCAUGAUUUCUCACAGAGAAUUUGAAGAAGAGAGAGAAGAAACAGCCAACCAUCACUUGACAAAUAAAAUACAGCCAGAGCGCACAAGGCACAGCCGUUGAAUCCUUCAGUAUCAGUAUACCUAAAA